UGCAUACGGAGCGGUCUAUAUAACCCAGUUGAGCCGAUCUUAUUAUUCUUGUUGCGGAUGAGUCUGGUGGUGCGCUUGGAAGGAAAGAAAAUAAUUAGUAAAUAAGUUCGUUUAGACCAAAGGAGUACAAAAUGACCACGAAAACAUUGACCAAGCAGUACCCAUCAUCCUAUAAAAGGAUCUUCGGUGAGGAAAGACCCACGAUGGCUCGAUCCACCUACUCAAGCCGCCAGUUCUCCAGCCCAGUGCGAUCACGGGUUACCUACAGUGUCUCUUCAGCACCGUCCACCUACGCCACCAAAAGUUACCGGGUCCGCAGCAGCGCCCCGGGGCCCAAGCUGUCAUCGGACACGGUGGACUUCGCCCUGUCCGAUGCCAUCAACACCGAGUUCAAGGCCAACCGCACCAACGAGAAGGCAGAGAUGCAGCAUCUCAACGACCGCUUCGCCAGCUACAUUGAGAAGGUGCGCUUCCUGGAGCAGCAGAACAAGGUCCUGAUCACCGAGCUGGAACAGCAUAAGGGCCGCGGCACGUCGCGCAUCGGGGACCUGUACGAGGAGGAGAUGCGGGAGCUGCGGCGCCAGGUGGACCAGCUGAACAACGAGAAAGCCAGGGUGGAGGUGGAUCGGGACAACCUGGCGAGCGACAUCGAUCGGCUCCGGGAGAAGCUCCAGGAUGAAGCUCUUCAGCGUGAAGAAGCUGAAAUAAACCUGCAGAGCUUCAGACAGGAUGUGGACAACGCCUCUCUGGCCCGCCUGGACCUGGAGCGGAAGGUGGAGUCUCUGGAGGAUGAGAUCGCCUUCCUGAAGAAGCUUCAUGAGGAGGAGCUGACUGAGCUGCAGACCCAGAUGCAAGAGCAGCACGUGCAGGUGGAGAUGGAGGUGGCCAAGCCAGACCUGACGGCCGCCCUGCGCGACGUCCGACUGCAGUAUGAGAACCUGGCCACCCGAAACCUCCAGGAGUCUGAGGAGUGGUACAAGUCGAAGUUUGCCGACCUUUCCGAGACGGCGGCCCGUAACCAGGAAGCCCUCCGGCAGGCCAAACAGGAUGCCAACGACUACCGACGGCAGGUGCAGGUCCUCACCUGUGAGGUGGACGCCCUCAAGGGCACGCCUUAA